AUGGAACACUAUCCCGUCCAGAACAGUGAGGUUUUCCUCCUGGGCUCUUCUCACGCACCAAACGUACCGCCGCCCUCACCACCCUCUCCCGCCACACCAUGUGAGCGAGCUCUAUCACCGCCUCCCGAGGACCUCAUGUCGAUGACCCCUCCUGAGAUACAAGAUUCUUGUCCUUCUUUCUCUCAACGCCUCUCAAAUGCCGUCCAUGUCCUCGGUACCGAAGCGACAGCACUCUCAUGUCUCACUCGUCUAUAUGAGACGGAACCAGUUGCUCGAGGAGGAUUCAACUCAGCAGUUGAAGCUAUCACUAGAUUCAGAUGUGACAAAGGCAAGCUUGUCAUCUGUGGUAUUGGAAAGAGCGGCCAUAUCGCCAAGAAGUUGGUCGCGACGAUGAACAGUCUGAAGAUUCACGCAAUCUACCUUCACCCGACCGAAGCACUGCACGGCGAUUUAGGAGGAAUCGGCAAAUACGACACUAUCCUGCUCAUCACCUUUUCUGGCAAGACACCAGAGCUGAUCCAACUACUUCCUCAUUUCGACACCUCGCUUCCCCUGAUAGUCAUGACAUCACAUACUCAUCCAUCAACAUGCGCAAUUAUUAAGCAACGACCAGAUGCUAUUCUUCUACCUGCACCAAUCCAUAAGUCCGAGACUGACUCAUUCGGCUUCAAUGCACCUACGACAUCUACCACCAUGGCUCUUGCCCUUGGGGACGCCUUAGCCGUCGUCAUCUCGAACGAGCUACACAUCAACGUCCAAGCCGUAUUCUCACAAAACCAUCCUGGAGGAGCCAUUGGACAAGCAGCCAAAGGACCGUCGAAGAUCUCGGACCUUUAUAUCCGUCUUUCAGACCUUCCAUCUAUCGAUCAUGCAGCCAUCACCGGCGCAAACGUUCUGAUGUCCGCCUACCAAUCACCCUCAGGCUGGGUACGACAAGGCGACGACACAGUCAUGUCACCUCGCCGCAUCCGCCGCCUCCAACAAGACGACUUCGAAGAACCGGCCAUGUGCAUUCAGGGGCUCAUGGUGCCACGAAAAGAGUGGAUCGAGAUCCCAUCUGAGACGAGCCUACCGCAAGCGCGGGAGUGGAUCAAAAGCAUGCGGUCGUCCACCUGUGACGGCGAGACCAAAUACAGUGACGAUGCUAUUCUCGUCGUCAUGGUCGACGGCGACGUUUCUGGCGUUAUAGAAAUUGGGGAGGUUAUGUGA